AUGCUGGAAAAUUUUCUCAACAAGACUGAUAUCACAUCACAAGAUUCGAUGCCUUGCACUAUUGAAUCAUGGCAAAUAUCCACUGAAAAUAGAACAAACUUAGAGCAAGUAUGUGUCGUAUGUAUGGAAUUGAAGCUACCUGAAGACUUUCAAACAUGCUACAAUAGUAAUUGUACACAUACAGAUAGAACAAUCUGUGAUAAUUGUAUGUAUAAAUAUGUGCACAAUAAUUGGAAUAUUGGCUACGAUAUUUAUUGCCCAGAGUGUUCUAUUCCCUUGUCUCAUAUGGCUGUCAAAUUGAUUCUUUUCAACUAUGAUGAUACAAAUUUAUACGAACGUUAUACAAAAUUUGAACUUGACCGGAUUCUCGAACAAAAUCCAGAAUUUGUUUGGUGUGCACAUGGCUGUGGUUCUGGUCAAUUGAAUGAAGGUGCAACAAUGAAUAAUACUAUUCAAUGUGUCAAUUGUCAUAAAUUGACUUGUUUUACUCAUAAAUGCCCAUGGCAUGAUGGAAUGACAUGCGACGAAUAUGAUAUGCCUCGCAUCAACGGGGAGGUGCACGCAAGCCAACGCUGGAUCAGUGUACACACCAAAGAGUGUCCCAAAUGUCAUUCUCACAUCGAAAAAAACGAAGGUUGCGAUCAUAUGACUUGUUUCAAAUGCAAACACGAAUUCUGUUGGGAGUGUUUAGUUUCCUAUUCAGGUAUUAAAAGGCAUGGUGCUUAUUUACAUAAUCGUAAAUGUAAACACUAUCCUACAACGGACACACGUAAUUUUUUUAAGCGUAUAAUCGAUCUCUUCUAG